CUUCCAGUGCUGCCAGCGUCAUUGCUGUGCGCCCGGCAACAUGGCGGCUGUAGAAGACGAAGAUGGCGGUCAGAUUCCUCCUGAUGUUCAGUCCAUUGACCGCGGCGGCGGCGGCUUUAGGUGCCUCCUGUGCGGCGUUAACAUACCGAACCGUCCAAGCCUCAAUGAUCACCUGCAGGGACGACGUCACAAGAGACUGUGUGAGGAGCGAGACAAGCGCCAGCAGCAGCAGGAACGUAGUGUGUUUGUCAGCGGCUUUUCUAAAGACAUUUCCGAGGAUCAAAUUAAAGAGGUCUUUGAAAAAAUAUUUCCUGUAAAGCAUAUUGUGAUGGACAAAGAUCGGGGUCUUUAUGCUAUUGUGGAGUUUGAAAGUCAAGAUGGGGUUUGCCAAGCACUUUCGGAGACUGUCAUCACACUAGAAGGUCAUCGCUUGAAAGUGAAACCACGUGAAAAGAAGGAGUUCAAGAAUAAGAAAGGAGGUACCCCCCGAAAUCUGCAACCUCCUGAUCCAGAAACUCUAAGCAAGCAACUGAUACGCUGUACUGAUGUAGAAGAUCAAAUAAAAAACCUUGUCUCACUCUGCUCUCCAUCUCAUCACGAGAGCCGCCUGCGGGAACUGCUGCUUUCUCUCCUUCGAGAAACCUUUACGGAGUUCUUCCCAGGUUGUCAGCUUCUCCCUUUUGGUUCCUCUGUAAAUGGCUUUGAAAUCAGUGGGUGUGACUUGGAUUUACAUUUGGAGCUUGGUGAGAAUGACCGCAAUGAAAAAGACGACCUGAACAUAGAAAAUGAGAAAAUGGAAGCCAAGCUGGAGAGUAUAGACAAGGAUUUAAGUGGAGAACAUGUUGUACAAGAUAACGAACUGGAGGAAGAACCAUCUCCUAAGAAAGAUGGGGAAGAGCUGGUAAUGCAAGUUACAGAAGCGGAUGAUGACGAUGAGAAUAUCACACCUGGCCUUUCACUGCUAGGACUUUCCCAAGAGGAGAUCCUUGAAGUUGUUGGCAGAGUCCUAAGGCAGUGUGUUCCUGGCGUACAUGGGGUUCAGAGCGUCCCCUCUGCACGACGGCCUGUUAUACGUUUUCAGCACAAGACUUCAGGCUUGAGAGGAGAUAUCACCCUAAACAACAGGCUUGCAUUGCGUAAUUCCUCAUACCUGCGCCUUUGUUCUGAUUUAGACCCUCGGGUUCCACAGCUUGUGUACACAGUGCGAUACUGGGCCCGGGUGCAUCAGCUUGCAGGUAACCCACUCGGGGGCGGACCGCUGCUGAAUAAUUAUGCUUUGACACUAAUGGUUAUUUUCUUCCUACAAACAAGGAGCCCCCCGGUAAUUCAGAGCCUCAGCCGUAUGAGGGAGAUUGCUUUGGAUGACGCCUCGCAUGUGAUUGAUGGCUGGGACUGUUCUUUCAUCUCUGAUAGCACUCAAUUCCCCGUUAGUGAAAACCAGCAGAGCCUCAGCUCUCUACUUUCAGAAUUUUUUUGUUAUUUUUCUUCCCUUGACUUGCAUUCACAUAUUCUCUGCCCCCAUGAUGGUCUUCUUGCCUCCGUCCCUGUUUCCUCACCUAUCUGGGCUGAAGGAUUCCGCGUGGGCUCCCUUAACGUUCAGGAUCCUUUUGAAUUGAAUCAUAAUGUCUGCGGUAACGUCAGCUCACGGAUAGCCCGCCGCUUCUCCGUUCAAUGCUCUGCUGCUGCCAAGGCUUGCCGCACUCCUUUAUACCAGCUCCGAUCAGCCUCUCGUCCCUGGGGCAUUAUCUUAUUAAUACAGUCAUCAACUUCUGAAGGGGAGAAGGCUGAAGGGGCAGACAUUUCUAUAUCUACUGGAAAGGCUUCAGUGGAGGAGGUAUUUUUAGCUGUGAAGACUGUUUUGGUUGAGGUGUUACUAUGCAGCUGUAAACAGGAUAGUGAGAAGGAUGGUUGUAGUGUGAAAAGCCGUGAAGAAAGUGACCAGGACGUGCCCUGUGUGGGGGAGCUCUUCAUCGAUGAUAAAGGUUCAGAGAUGAAAGAGGAGAAUAUGAGCGAAGAUGGAUUAAAAAAUGAGAGAAAACGGGAGAGCCCCGAAGAAAUACAGAGCUCCAGCCCGAAAAGGAGGAGGCUAGAGGAUGAUGGGAGUGAUUGUGUGAAUGAUCAACAAAAUAACCUUUCUGAGAAAAAUCUCAGUAAAAUGGAGAAUGCAUCUAAAACACCCAAAAGCCCUACAAAAGGUGUGCUGUCCAUGAAGAUCGAUGUCUGGCAUCAUGUCUGGGAGGGAAGACGCAAGAUGCGGAGGAGCAUGCAAGGGAAGGUGGUCCAGGGCAUGCAACUAGAGACUGCAGUGUCACAGGCCUUGUCUGCCGGCACAAUAGAGGGUGGCAGUCCAUUAAUGCAGAUGACGGUAACCGCUCACCUGGGCCCUGAGGGAAAUGCUCGACUGCAUCUCUCCCCAGAUUCUGAUGACUAUGACUGCAGUGCUGUCUUCUUCCACUUUUUAAAGAUAUUUCUACCUCGAAUGGUGGAAGAGGUUCUUACAGGUAAAGACUGAAUUUGGUUAAGAAAUAUUCGUUCCAAUGCGGUGUGUGCCAUUACGACAGCCCUGUCGUUGCCCAAUAGGCAGUGUAAUAUGGGCAGGAUUCCACCACAUUGGCGAAGAAGAAAGUAAGGAUCCAUCUGACCUUUUUCUUUUUGGAGGAAGAACCAGUUCCUCCCCCUGAAGAGGAGGUUUGUGCUGACCAUAGCAGCAGGAGAGGCUUGUGUGUAUUAUAGGGCCCCUCUACUUGUUAGGAAGGUUCAUCAUUCUGCUGUGUGUAUUAUAGGGCCCCUCUACAUGUUAGAAGGUUCAUCAUUCUGCUGUGUGUAUUAUAGGGCCCCUCUACAUGUUAGGAAGGUUCAUCAUUCUGCUGUGUGUAUUAUAGGGCCCCUCUACAUGUUAGAAGGUUCAUCAUUCUGCUGUGUGUAUUAUAGGGCCCCUCUACAUGUUAGAAGGUUCAUCAUUCUGCUGUGUGUAUUAUAGGGCCCCUCUACAUGUUAGGAAGGUUCAUCAUUCUGCUGUGUGUAUUAUAGGGCCCCUCUACAUGUUAGGAAGGUUCAUCAUUCUGCUGUGUGUAUUAUAGGGCCCCUCUACAUGUUAGAAGGUUCAUCAUUCUGCUGUGUGUAUUAUAGGGCCCCUCUACAUGUUAGAAGGUUCAUCAUUCUGCUGUGUGUAUUAUAGGGCCCCUCUACAUGUUAGAAGGUUCAUCAUUCUGCUGUGUGUAUUAUAGGGCCCCUCUACAUGUUAGAAGGUUCAUCAUUCUGCUGUGUGUAUUAUAGGGCCCCUCUACAUGUUAGAAGGUUCAUCAUUCUGCUGUGUGUAUUAUAGGGCCCCUCUACAUGUUAGGAAGGUUCAUCAUUCUGCUGUGUGUAUUAUAGGGCCCCUCUACAUGUUAGGAAGGUUCAUCAUUCUGCUGUGUGUAUUAUAGGGCCCCUCUACAUGUUAGAAGGUUCAUCAUUCUGCUGUGUGUAUUAUAGGGCCCCUCUACAUGUUAGGAAGGUUCAUCAUUCUGCUGUGUGUAUUAUAGGGCCCCUCUACAUGUUAGGAAGGUUCAUCAUUCUGCUGUGUGUAUUAUAGGGCCCCUCUACAUGUUAGGAUGGUUCAUCAUUCUGCUGUGUGUAUUAUAGGGCCCCUCUACAUGUUAGGAAGGUUCAUCAUUCUGCUGUGUGUAUUAUAGGGCCCCUCUACAUGUUAGAAGGUUCAUCAUUCUGCUGUGUGUAUUAUAGGGCCCCUCUACAUGUUAGGAAGGUUCAUCAUUCUGCUGUGUGUAUUAUAGGGCCCCUCUACAUGUUAGGAAGGUUCAUCAUUCUGCUGUGUGUAUUAUAGGGCCCCUCUACAUGUUAGGAAGGUUCAUCAUUCUGCUGUGUGUAUUAUAGGGCCCCUCUACAUGUUAGAAGG